AUGUGGUAUGUGGAGCCACCUGCUCAGGUGUCCCUUUGUGAAUCACAUCACCUGGGGGACACGCAGGCCAGGGGUGUGGUCACGGCACGACACGGCCCGGGGGUGUGGUCACGGGUGGUCGCAUCGCAGGCUACGGUCGAAGGGGGUGGUGGUGGGGGUGAGACGCAGGAGGGAGCCGGAGCAGGGGAGACUCUGGAGGUUGUGUCUGUAACCGAGGAAGACGAGCUCCCGACAGUUGAGACGCCCUCCACCUUCGUCGUCAGUUCUCAGGGCAGCCAGACGAGCGGCCAACACCGCGACCUCUGGGACCCCGAAGGUCAGGACCCUCAUGUCCCCGCCACCUCGCCGGAGCCUCACCUCCCCCAAGUCUCGACGCAGCACUUGCCUGCGACCCCAAACCCGCUGGCCAACCCCACUAACGACCUGAGUGAGGGCUGGUGUUUCCCCUGGUGCUCGACACGUCUCUGGCUGCUUCUGAGUGUGUGUGUGCUGGCGGCGCUCGGCAUCGUGCUAGGAGUGGGGCUCGGAGUGGGUUUGAGUUGUGCAGGGAAGGUGCACUGCUCCUCAUCGGGUCUGUGCAUCAGCAGAGCGGCACUGUGUGACGGACAGCAAGAUUGCACUGGAGGAGAGGACGAGCUCAACUGUGUGCGUGUGAGUGGGCGGAGUGCGGUGCUGCAGGUGCGCAGUAAGGGGGUGUGGCUAACAGUCUGCUCGGAGCCCAGCUGGGAGAUUAACCUGGGCCAGGCGGCCUGCAAGCAGCUGGGCUUCUCCAGCUAUGUGAGUGCGUCCUCCCUACAUCUGUCUGCUGUGGAGCCAGACCUCCAGAGUGACUUGGUGCUGGUCAACGUGAGCCAAUCAGCAUCAAGCCAGCAGAGCACCAAACUACACACCUCUCAGCUCAGCACCCGUGUGGUGGGGGGCAACGUGUCGAGAGAGGGCCAGACACCAUGGCAGGUCAGUCUGCACUACCAGAACCAGCACGUCUGUGGAGGGUCCAUCAUCACACAGCAGUGGAUCAUCACCGCAGCACACUGUGUCUCUGGGUUCUCUGAUGUGAGUCUGUGGAGUAUAUAUGCGGGCCUGUUGACUCAGCCCCUCAGCAGUGUGGGGUCCCUGGGCCUCCAGAAGAUCAUUACGCAUCAUAACUACCGCACCAACAGUCUGGACUAUGACAUCGCUCUACUACAGCUCACAAAGCCUGUCGCCUUCAAUGGGCUGGUGGAGCCCAUCUGUCUCCCCAGCUCAGGGGAGAUGUUCAAGGAGGGACACAUGUGCCUCAUCUCUGGCUGGGGGGCCACAGAGGACGACGGAGAGAGCAGUGUUCAGCUCCUGGUGGCGGAGGUGCCCCUGAUCUCCACUACCAGGUGUAACGAGCCGCUGGUGCACCAGGGAAGCAUCACGCCAUGGAUGAUCUGCGCUGGCUACCUGGAGGGAGGCACCGACACCUGUCAGGGCGACAGUGGAGGUCCUCUGGCCUGUGAGGUGGAGGGCAGCACCUGGACCCUGGUGGGCGUGACCAGCUGGGGCCAAGGCUGCGCGCAGAGGAACAAGCCAGGGGUCUACACACGCAUCAGCAGCGCCCUCAGCUGGAUACACCAGGAACUGGAGGUGAAAACACACAUGAUAGGGAAGAGGGUCAGCAUGACUAGCCAAGCCUAA